AACUAUGUCCAUUCGUCAGGUUAGGACGCCGAGGGAUGAGAACACGUUGGUAUGACGGGUACUGGUUCCCCGCAGUUAUGUUAUUAACGACCGUGAUGGUAUGUGUUCGGCAGGCAGAUGCAGGAACGCCUCGAAAUGCAGGCUGCAGUUGCACACUGAGCAUUUUUGGAGGAAGGCAAAGAUGGCCACACCGCUAGUUGAGCAUUUAACGAGCUAGAACAUAGUAUAAGCUUGUCGUUAAGCAAAGGGCUAAAUAGUGGAGUCUGGCAGUCGCAUACAACGAACGAUUGAUUAUAUGUAUGUGUGAGAGACACCGUCAGAAGCUGUUUUGGUGGCGUGUCGAUGGCUAGCUAACUAACGUUAGUAUGAAUGGGAACGCGGUCGCUGUUUUGGCUGCAAUUAGCUUGAUAAUUGGCUAAAUAAAUUGCUUGCAUGGUCGCUUAAUGAUCUUGUAGCUAGCAGAAACAUUCGAUUUAACGUUAGGUAUUUAUCUAACGUUAGCCAGCCCGGUGGUUAGUAAGCUAACGUAAACAGCUACUGUAGCUAGCUAACUAACUUAAUUUGAUCACCGGACCCUUUUACAUUAUGAAAAACUGUGAGUACCAGCAAAUUGACCCACGGGGACUUUCAACACCCUCGUCAACGCAACCCUGUACCGAAAAUGUGCAGAGGCCUCGGAGAAAAUGGGAAGUAUUUCCAGGGAAAAAUCGCUUUUAUUGCGAUGGACGGAUUAUUCUGGCCAGACAAAAUGGUAUCCUGCCUCUGACACUCGGUCUUAUCAUUAUCACAAGUGGCCUCUUCUUUGCAUUCGAUUGCCCAUUCCUGGUGACUCACCUGACCGUCUGCAUACCUGUGAUUGGUGGAGUGUUGUUUGUGUUUGUGGUCACCUCUCUACUGCAGACCAGCUUUACAGACCCUGGAAUCCUGCCUAGGACCUUGCCAGAUGAGGCUGCAGACAUUGAGAAGCAGAUAGACACCUCAGGUUCCUCCACGUACCACCCCCCUCCGCGCACCAAAGAAAUCCUCAUUAACCAGCAGGUGGUGAAGCUUAAGUAUUGCUUCACCUGCAAGAUGUUCCGCCCUCCUCGGACCUCACACUGCAGCAUGUGUGACAACUGUGUGGAGCGGUUCGAUCACCAUUGCCCGUGGGUGGGGAACUGUGUGGGCAAGCGCAACUACCGCUUCUUCUACAGCUUCAUAGUAUCUCUCUCCUUCCACACCUCCUUCAUCUUCGGUUGUGUUGUCACACACCUCACGCUACGAUCCCAAGGAGGGAAUGGCUUAGUUCUGGCCUUACAGGAGAAUCCUGCCAGUGUGGUUGAACUAGUUAUUUGCUUCUUCUCCAUUUGGUCUAUUAUGGGGCUUUCAGGUUUCCAUACAUACUUGGUGGCCUUCAACCUCACAACAAAUGAAGAUAUAAAAGGCUCCUGGUUGAGUAAAAGAGGUGCAGAGGACUCUGGGAAUCCCUACACUUACGACAACAUCUUUACCAACUGCUGUGCAACGCUGUGUGGUCCCAUGCCCCCCAGUCUAAUUGACAGAAGAGGCUUUUUACCCCCUGAAGACAUUCCACCUGCAGUUGCAGUGGACAUGGGGCGGCCCCCUUUCCUGGCCAAGAAUGACACAAACAUGUGCACUCAGAGAACUAAGGACCUUCUGGAGAGGGUGUUCCGCUCUUCUGAGCUCCAGGGCCUCUGGCCCUCUGGCACCCCCAAGACUGCCCCUGACCAGGAGUUGAGAGUCAGACCAGAGUCCAGGUCCCCAGCCCCCUCCUCCGCUGGGCCUCCCACCUCGAGCUGCUCAGGGUCUGCUGAUGGGCCUCUUUCCACCGGCUGUUCUGGGUCCGCCAAUGGGUUUCCCCCCACGGGCUGCUCUAGUUCUGCCAAUGUGCAUCCCCCCACAGGGUGCUCAGGGCGCCAGGCCCCGUCCAUGGAAUGUCCCCCUGUGAACAGCAGCAAGAGACCCUCACUGCACUCCAACAACCCGGCCUUCCGCCUGGCCAGUCCCUCUCCCUCCUUCACCCACAAUACCAUCAUCCUGGGAGAUGCUCCUGACAUGGGCUUCAUCCCACUGCACUGAGCGGACUCAGUGGCUCCAGUAGCACUGCUUCAGUGAACAUUCCCCUUCCACACAGCUCCCUGGAACUCAUUAGUGGCUACACUGCCAUUAACCUUUGUACGGGCAUUUUUUUUACCCAUUCUCUUUUUCAUGGAACUUACUACAUCUUCUUCUAAACUCAGGACUUAAGCCAGUGUUUUCCCCUGUCCUGUUGGUGAUGAAUUAGCUGGUAAACAUUAUUUUCAUAGAAUGUUUUAUUCCUCAAAGGAAAGAUAUCCUACUGGCAGCAAGUUAAAACUUGGUAACACUGACAAGCACAGAUUUUACACAAGUUUUAUACACUGAUUCAUAGAACAUUGUUUCACAAAGCUUCAAGCCAUAUGUACUCACUUGGCUGGUGUUCCAGCAUAGUAUAACUAAGUAAGCAGUCUCUUUGCCUUUCAUGUACUCAGUUGUAUUACCUCUUAUGCAAAUCAUUCAUACACUUAUGGCAGAAUAGGGGUGUGUGAAAGGGCUUUUGUUAGUGGAUAAGUAGGUUUUGGGCUACCUGGCUUCCUAUGCUCUUGGUCUUAGCUGUAGUGAAAACACUCAAGGUUUCCCAGUGUAAAAGGGCUCUUUGAAGUUCCACUCCCUCCUUCUCUACUGGCUUUUGGAUCGGCCAUGUUGUGGACAUUGUUACGUAUGUUUAGUCCUUGGCUGCAGUUGAGACGGUGACUCAUUUUGAUUGGAUGAGACGAGCUAUUGUCCGUAGUGGGCUGUUUCCCAAGGUUGCUGAUGACUGACAUCGCAAUCUGUUGGGCCUCUGUUUGUUAUUUAUCUUCUACUUAGGCUCAAAGCUUUCAGAUUGAUUGUUGGAUUUAAACUAUUUAUUUCUCACUGUGUUUAUGAGUGUCUGAGGCAGAGAGAGGGUGUAAAUGUGAUAGGGAAUUUAUUCUAGUAUUCUGUGUUUGAACUGACUGGUACUAGACUUUGACUGUCCAAGCUAAAUGAACAUGUGCUUUAGGAAAAAAGUUCAUUGUGAGCUUGCAUUUUUGAUUGUCCUUUUUAAAUGUUCCUUUUACAUGUAUUCUAAUUUAAGCACUGAUCCAAAUACAGAUCCACUACUGCCUGCUGAGUUUCUUGUGUUUUGGAGGCCAGUUAAUAUAUUUUGACACAAUUUUAACUGUUCAAUUAACUUGCUAAGGAUAUUGAAAUGUGACGCCUGGUUCCCUGUUUUUCCUCAUGUAUUUUUACUGUAAUGGCACAUUGUUUUUUUGUAGAGAAGUAAGGUACAGAUUAAUAAUGUGAUAUGUAACCGUUUGAGGCACAGAACAUCUAGAAGUGUAAGAUGAUACCGCUUGCAGGCAUUGCCUUGAAGUGAAAUUUGCCUGUGCUGCUAGUGGCAUGAUCCCAUAUAUCCCUUGGACUGGUCGUUUAUCAUAGACUACUAUCUGUAACACUUAAGGUAAUGCCAUUGGCCACAAGGGGGUGUUAUUUUUUCCCCAAAUAACACCAUUAUUACGUUCUAGGUACCUUUUUAUAGACUAGACCAAUUGGGGUAGGUCCAUUGAUGCCUACCUUUCCUUUAAUAUACUGUGUGUGUAGUUGUGGAGGACCGCUGUGUGAUAGUCAACCAUUUGUGUAUUCGUUCAUUUGAAACCUUAUAACUAGGUCAGUUGUAUGAAAGAUGUUCAGCGCUCCUACAACUGUUAUUAUGACUAUAAGCUGUGCUUGUACUAUUAUGGGCUGUUUGAUUUGGUUUUGUAGUCUGUAGAUCAUUCCUAUGAGGAUUAAACCGUACCAUUGCUUUCUACUCUGUUUUUUUCCCCUGCCUCAGAGGAGUCUCGUUCAGUAGCAACACUGACAUGACAAUUCUACUCAGUGGAGGCUGGUGAGAGGCACGAUAGGAGGACAGGCUCAUUGUAAUGGCUGGAAUGGAAUUGUAUGAAACGCAUCAAACAUAUGGAAACCACGUUUGACUUCAUUAUUUUUAUUCCAUAGAAGUUGUUACAAUGAGCUUGUUGUCCUAUAGCUCCUCCCAUAUAUAUAUAUAUAUAUAUGCCAUAUAUAUGCCAUUUAGCAGACGCUUUUAUCCAAAGCGACUUACAGUGCAUACAUUCUACGUAUGGGUGGUCCCGGGGAUCGAACCCACUACCCUGGCGUUACAAGCGCCAUGCUCUACCAACUGAGCUACAGAAGGACCCACCAGCCUCCGCUGUUUCUACGGUAUACCCAGGCUUUCUAUGAGCACACAGAAUCUCUGUGACUAAUUGGGUCAGACCACAAUGCUCCCAAACUGGCACAUGGCCACUUUUAAUUAAAUAAUCGGAGGGUUCCCUCUUAUGAAGAGCACACAAUGAGAAAGUGUAUGAUAACCACAUGUGUUUGCGUGGGGAACAUCCAAUAAUAAAAAGGGUCUUGUGCAUGUCUGAUACCCUGGCCUGACCACAGACUACCAAGUUUCCUGGCAGAGUUUGUGGGUGUAUGUUUAUGAAACGGGUACAAAGAUAUAUAUAUAUAUAUAAAUAAACAAUUGUUGGAAAAAUGACUUGUCAUGCGCAAAGUAGAUGUCCUAACUGACUUGCCAAAACUAUAGUUUGUUAACAAGACAUUUGUGGAGUGGUUGAAAAACGAGUUUUAGUGAAUCCAACCUAAGUGCAUGUAAACUUCCGACUUCAACUGUGUGUGUGUAUAUAUGUAUAUAUGUAUAUAUAUAUAGGAACGGAUAAGAGGUUGCACAAUGUUUUGUCACUCUACUACUGAGUGACGCUCUCUCUGAGCAGUUUUGUGCUGUUUGUAUAAACAUUUUUUAAUACA